UGGCCAUAUCCACACGGACGCCUCUGCACCAGACCCACCAUGAACUGGCUUUUAACCCCUGUGCUGUGUCCCCCGCAGGUCUCCCAGGCAGCUGCGGACCUCCUGGCCUACUGUGAAGCCCAUGUACGUGAGGACCCCCUCAUCAUCCCAGUGCCUGCGUCGGAAAACCCCUUCCGAGAGAAGAAGUUCUUUUGUACCAUCCUCUGACUCCAUGGGUUAUGACGUGGCUCCUUUUCUGUCCUUAAAUUCCCUGGUAGAGACUGCAUGCUCUUAGCUAUAGGGAGUCCCAGCCCACCCCUGCCCUCCCCAACCAGGAUGGCCGGGACCUGCCUCUCUCCAUUGGUUUUCUUCAUUGCGUUCUAUUUCAUGCCUUCUUUUCAUUCUCAUGGUAUUUCCAUCACUGCCAAAGCAAAUAGAUCUUUUCAUAGCCCAGUAACACAUGUGCCAAGUGAAAAUAAGUAUGAGGUUAAGG